UUUCCUAGUUUUCGCGUGCAAUUGUUUCACCUUUCUCAUAUCUAGAAAUUUUGUAUUUUUGUGCGUAGAUUAGAGAGAGAAAGGAGGUAAGAGCGGGAACUUGAGGAGUCGAAACUCGAAAAAAUGGCGACCACGGUGGAGAACAAAGAUGAGAAAGGUUCGAUCGAGCUUCCAGCACCCGAAGGCUGGGCCAAGAAGCAAAUACCAAAAAACAGUGGGACGGCAAGGAGAAAUGAGAUAGUAUUUAUUGCACCUACAGGGGAAACGAUCAAGAGUAAGAAACAACUAGAUCAAUAUCUCAAGUCUCAUCCUGGAGGCCCCCCUAGCUCUGAGUUCAAUUGGAGCACAGGUGAAACUCCAAGGCGUUCUAGAAGAAUAAGUGAGAAAUCAAAAUUAAGCGAGACAGAAUCACCAGAAAGUGAGCCUUCCCAGAAAAAGCUUAAAAAAACAGGCUCAAAGCAGGAAGAAAAUGAUAAUGCAGACAAGGAAGAAGAGGUUGUUGAAGGAAAGGAUGAAACUAGUGUCAGGGAGGAAACUGAAGCAAGUAAAGAUGUGGAAAUGAAAGAAGUAGAUGCAGGGGAUGCCAGCAAAGUUUCUACUGCUGCUGCUGCUGCUGUGAGCAAAGGAGAUGGUUCUAUUGAGGACGUGGUUACUGCUACAUCUGCUGGAAACAACACAGAGUCAAAAGCUGAAGAAAAGGAUGGAGGAGAUGAGAUGAGUGUGGAGAUAAUUGAGAAUCAGGCAACUGCUAACAAGACUGCUGAUUAUGAGAAAGAACAGGUUGCAAAUGACCCACCUACAGCAGAAGAAUUGAAGGAAGAAGCUGAAAAUGAAAAAGAGCCUGAAGCUCCAUCAGAUCUGUUCCAAAAGGUUGUGGCUGUCCCAAUGCUGACGCCAGUAGAAGAAUUGAAGGAAGAAGCUGAAAAGGAAAAAGAGCCUGAAGCUCCAUCAGAUCUGUCCCAAAAGGUUGUGGCUGUCCCAGUGCCGACGCCAGUAGAAGAAUUGAAGGAAGAAGCUGAAAAGGAAAAAGAGCCUGAAGCUCCAUCAGAUCUGUCCAAAAAGGUUGUGGCUGUCCCAGUGCCGAUGCCAGUAGAAGAAUUGAAGGAAGAAGCUGAAAAGGAAAAAGAGCCUGAAGCUCCAUCAGAUCUGUCCCAAAAGGUUGUGGCUGUCCCAGUGCUGACGCCAGUAGAAGAAUUGAAGGAAGAAGCUGAAAAGGAAAAAGAGCCUGAAGCUCCAUCAGAUCUGUCCCAAAAGGUUGUGGCUGUCCCAGUGCCGAUGCCAGUAGCAGAGGCGCCAGUAUCAGAGGACGCGAAGGAGGUAGCUGAGAAGCAGCCAGUUGAGGGUGAGGAACGUAAGGAUACAGAACCAAUUGAGAAAGCUGAGAAAAAUGUAAAUGAAGCAGUUUUUGAGGCUGCUGAAGAGAAGGAAGAAAAACAACUAGAGGAGAAAACUGGAGACAAAAAGGUCCCUACCCUGAAAUUGGCUAGCGACGAAGAAACUAAAGUUACUGAUGAAAACUCAAAAUAUUCAGUGAAUCUUGAGGAGAAGACGCCACAGGAGCCCAAGGCUUCCCAAGUUAGUUGAAGAAAUUAAUAAAUAGGUCAUUUUCCUUCUCUUUAUUUUUUUUUUGUGGAGGACAAACAUUAUGUUACCAGUUAGGAUAUCUUACUGACAGAGACAGUAAUAUAUGUUUCUGGUUCAAUUAGCAUUAGGGUCUCGCUUGAUUGGGAUGGUAGUUAUUUUAUUUUCUUACUUUCAUAAUGUUUUGACACCUUUUGUUCUAACUUGUGACACCCUAUUCUUUUACCGUACCAUUUGGUGAUUUAAUCGAUACUUAUAUCAAUGUUUUGUUA